AUGCAACCUUCCCGCAGAAGCUCUCGAUUGUCUGAGAAACGCCGAGAAACACCACCGUCACCACCGUCACCACCUGCUGCAGUUACCUCUUCCUCUGAUGAUGAGGUUGAAGCUUUCCAACCCAAGGAGCCACGCUAUCAAGCAAGUCGUGCCUCUUUCCAGGCACGAAAUCAGGAGAAUCCCGAUUUGCUUCGCUCGCACAUCACACCGGUCUCGAGUCGGUUUGUCACAAGCAAUGCAGCUGAAAGGUAUGAAAAGUUGGCUCCCCGGGGCUUCGUGAUUCAACAAAGGUUAGAUGUGAAUGAUGAGAACUUGUCUGAUGUGAAAAGAGUGGUAGUUAGGUCCGGACUGAUCUAUACUCUAAUCGACUGCGUUUUGUUUCACCCAAAUGUCGUGAAAGAGUUCAUUGCGAAUCUGGGGGCUGCUGAGAAUAGAGAGGAUGGCGUUGCUGUAUUUCUUCGUGGAUCUAUGGUAGAUUUCUCACCUACACUGAUCAAUGCUCUGUAUCUGAUUCCGGGAUUUGAAGAGGAUCCUGACUACAUGACUGCUGACAUCGAUGUUGUGUGCUCGUUUCUGACCGAUAAUCGAGUGCAACGUUGGGAAGACAUGAGCUCCAAAUACCUAACUCGGACAAAUCAGGUGCUCUACAAGCUCGUGUGCUCCAACUGGAUACCUACGACUAACUACACUUCAAUGAUUCAGGAGCGACUCAAGUUCCUCUACAUGCUACAUCAUCACAUGAGUUUUGAUUUUGGUCAAUCCGUUUAUGAUCAGAUCAUCAGUUUUUCAGCUAACGUUAGCACUGACAAGUCUCGGAGGAUCAUCUUCCCUACGCUGAUUCAGCAAGUCAUUGACUAUCAACGAACUGUGUUGUCUUUUGAAGAAGAUGAUGAGUACACAGGAUAUCCGAAGCUCGUUGUCAAAGACAUCAAGGCAGGUCGAGGACAGGGUGCUGAUGCUCGAUCUGUGGAUCUUUUGGCUGACAUUGAGCGAACCAUAGCUGAUCUGAAAAACAUUCGGAUUCGCUUGAGGAGGGGAGAAUACCCGCAGUACACACAACAGCCUUCACGGGAUGAGGAGGUUGUAAUGGAGCAGGACAGUGAUCAGAGUGAGAGCUUCUGA